AUGUGCGAAGCAACUUUCAAAUUUACUCCACCCCCCGAAGCACCCGUUUUCCGUCCGACUCUCAAGGAGUUCGAAGAUCCCUUACUCUAUCUAGACAAAAUCCGUCCCAUAGGCAUAAAAACCGGCAUUUGUAAAAUCAUCCCUCCUAAGGGUUGGAAUCCUCCAUUUGCUGUGGAUGUGAACUCUUUUCGUUUUACCCCAAGGAUCCAGAGGCUUUACGAGCUCGAAGCGCACUCGCGUCUUAAGCUGGAUUUCAUUGGCAAGCUCUACCAGUUUUUUCGUCUUCAAGGCAUGGAGAAACUUAAAAUCCCCAAUAUUGGAGGCAAAUAUCUCGAUAUCUACUGGCUCCAAAAACAUGUGAUAAACGCUGGGGGUUACGCGAAGGUGAACUCAGCCAAACUCUGGCCCCAAAUGGCCGAGCGUUUGGGCUACCCAGGCGGGAAGUUUGCUAUGGCUAUGAAGACAAACUACGAGAAACUCCUCCUUAAAUACGAGCUCAUGAUCACUGCUCACUCCACUUCUGGUGAAAGUGGAAAACGACCUGCGGAUCCGGGCAGUGUAAAAUCUGUUCCCACUAAAAGGACUCGACUACAUGCCCAGGAGGAUGAUACGAAAAUCGAUUAUACGGCUAGCAAGGAGCUAAAAAACCUCCAAUUUUUCGGCGCAGGACCUAAAACUGUAGUGCCGAUUGGAGAAAUCGCUGUUCCAGCAAAAGCUAAACAAGAAAAUAGCGGCGAGUACCUCUGUCGAGUAUGUGAUAUGGGUAACAACGAGGCGUUCUUGUUGAUCUGCUCCACGUCGUCAUGCCAGGCUUGCUAUCACACCUACUGCCUCACACCACCACUGGCGGGAGUGCCGCACUACCAGUGGAAGUGUCCUGAGUGUGUCCGCACGAUCUGCUCCCGCCCGAUGGAUUCCUUCGGCUUUCCUCAGUCGUCUAAGUCCUACACUCUCUACGAAUUCGGCAUCCGUGCUGACGCCUUCAAAGCUAAGUACUUCAGAAGGGAGCCCAGUUCUGUACCAUGCUCAGAAGUCGAGCAGGAGUUCUGGCGCAUCCUGCAGGAAUAUACAGAGGAUGUGGUGGUGGAGUAUGGCGCCGACGUCCACGCCAGUGACCAAGGCUCCGGAUUCCCCACCGAAAUCCAGCUAGCCCGCGCGCCGCACCUAUUCACCUCUGCUGAGCAGAGGCGACAGGCCCUCGUCUACGCACAAAGCCCCUGGAACCUCAACAAUCUUCCCAUCUACGGCAAAUCUACUUCAGAGCCAAAUCGGCCGCCACCACCACCAUAG